AGAGUGAUUCAACGGAGAAAAUCGAUGUUAGUUGGCAUUGGCACGGAGAGCUUUGUGUGAAGUGGACCUCAUGCUAUGAUGGGCUCCUAGCAUGGCGAGUCCUUUUCGCAUAUCUUAUGAGAUCCGAUCCGAGCCGGUGUUCUUCGUCCAAGAGCAACAAAAUCACGCCUUUAAGGGAUAUCAAAUUGGAGGAAGUAGGUUCCUACAGGUAGGUGUUCCCAUACUUGGUCAAUGCUCUUCAUUCUGCUUGUUUCUUGUGUUUUCGGGUACCUAGUUGAGCCAUACUAAUAGACAUAUCCAAUUCAAGAAUAUGCAGCAGGUGUUCGCUCGAUAUUUUACACGAGGAUUAGGCAUUUUUUCACAGGGCGUUGUCAACGUAGUCCUUUCAGGUCAUCAUCAAAUCCUCUCUGGCUAUUGUCGGAUGCCAAAAUGAUGAUCUGGUCCGAGUCGAUAUUCCCACAUCGAUUCGAUUUGGCUGGAGAUGUUUGUCCCCGGGCAGCAUCAGAAGACAGAUUAGCAGUGAUGGAAUCAAUGCAAUGCGAAGCAUGAUAAUAAAAGAGGGUUUCUUGUUUGCCUCACUGGGGACAGUACAAGAAGCAUCAGACAUGAAUCUUCUCAAAGUUUUGGAAGAUUCCAAGGACUUGUUCCCAACGCUCGAGCCGGCCGCUCAAACAUACAUGUGUUGUCCUUUUCCAAAUCGACUCACUAGGACAAUGAUGUUUACAAUGACAAACCUUAAUUCCGUCGGACAUAAAAGACAAUGGAGAUGGCUCAAAUAUGUUGCUUCUGCAUUUGAACAGCCUCCAAAAGAAAUUUCUAAGCCUCUGAGAGUUCUUGCCAUCUUCGAGUUAGGAGUAGUAAAUAUGUCCGUUGAAGAAGGGUGGUCUAUUCCCAAUGAAGAAACAAGAAAACGCGGCCGGUCAGUUCAUAGAACAGGCUGUUUCGAUCCAAGAACCGGAAUCUACAACUCUCUCUUCGAACUUAAUGAGCACCAAAAGAUCCCAACCAAUCCCGACCUCGAUGUUGCUUCGUACGUGCUCUCGCAAUUCCCACAUGCUCUUGCCGAGUCGCGCGUUGCACUGAUUGAUGCAGCCACAAACUGCCGGAUCACAUAUGCGCAGCUCCACCGCUCCAUCAGAUCGCUUGCCUAUGGAUUGUAUCAUGCGCUGGGGAUCAGAAAAGGCGAUGUGGUGUUCCUGUUGGCCCCGAACUCGCUCCUUUACCCGACCAUGUGUCUUGCCAUACUAUCGAUCGGUGCGAUUCUGACUCCAGCUAAUCCGGUGAAUACUACACUGGAAAUAGCUAAGCAAGUGGCUGAUUCCGGAGCCAAGAUCGCAAUAUCCGCACCAGAAGAGCUACAUAAGUUGAUACCGACCAAGGUUCCUACUAUGCUAACAACCAAAGCAUUGGAUGGCGAUUUGCUUUCUGUGGAAGAACUCAUAGAAUGCUGCGACCCGAUUGAUUUUCCGCAAGAAAGGCCGACUCAAUCGGAUACUGCGGCUGUUCUCUACUCCUCAGGAACCACUGGCACUAGCAAAGGAGUCAUAUUGACUCAUGCAAACUUCAUAUCCGUCGUCACACUACUAAACUGGUCAGUACGUGCAUCCUCGUCCCAAGACGACGUGUUCCUAUGCUUCAUACCCAUGUUCCACAUUUAUGGCCUUGCUUUCUUCGGGCUCGGACUGUUCUGCUCAGGAAUCACUACAGUCGUGAUGCAGAGAUUCGACUUCCAGACCAUGCUCGAUGCCAUCAAAGUGCAUCAAGUCAAUAACAUCCCUGCAGUGCCCCCUGUGAUUCUCACGCUAGUGAAGCAUGCCAGUAACAUGAAAUGCGACCUCUCGUCCCUUCGAAGAGUGGGUUCUGGGGCAGCACCGCUGAGCAAAGAGGUGACUGAUGGUUUCCGAGAGAAGUUCCCAUGGGUCGAGCUGAGGCAAGGGUAUGGGCUAACCGAAAGUAGCGGUGCAGCCAAUUUUUUUGCAACGGAUGAGGAAGCAAAGGCCCAUUCUGGAUCUUGCGGGAGUUUGAUACCAAACUUCUCGGCCAAGAUAGUCAAUAUUGAAACCGGGUCACCGUUGCCACCUAACAUAGAGGGAGAGCUGUGGCUGAGAGGGCCUACAAUUAUGAAGGGGUAUCUGCGGAACGAGGAAGCAACGACUGCGACUUUAGAUCCCGAAGGGUGGUUAAUGACUGGUGAUCUCAGUUAUUUCGACGAAGAUGGGUAUCUUUACAUUGUUGACAGGAUAAAGGAGCUCAUCAAGCAUAAUGGUUAUCAGGUUGCUCCAGCAGAACUGGAAGCUUUGCUACUUAGCCACCCUGAAAUUGUUGAUGCAGCUGUCAUACCGCUAGAGGAUGAGGAAGCAGGACAAGUACCGAUGGCAUAUGUAGUCAGAGCAUCUGGUUCGGAACUUACCGAGAAUCAAGUCAUUCGAUUCAUUGCCGACCAGGUUGCACCCUACAAGAAAGUGAGAAGAGUAGGGUUUAUCAGCACCAUUCCAAAAUCAGCCGCAGGGAAAAUCUUGAGGAAGCAGCUGAUUUCACAAACCCAACAGCAACUCAUCUCUAGCUUGUGAAGUAAUGGAGUUAUAUGAUGGUGGGUCAGUGUGUCCAAUUAAGAACAAGAACUCCAGUAGUUGUACAAGAUCUUACCACGGUCUUGAGUUCAUACCAAUAAAAGAGUUUCGCAGUAUGCAAUGUAGCUAGAAAGUAUCCAGAUUUUCAGACCCCUUUGAUCUUCUGAAGUAAAAUGGCAAUGGAUGUAUUAGUGUCUCUGUCAUCUGUUGUCCCCGAGACAUAAUUUCCUUCAUGAGGUAUCAUGGUUUUAGUUCAUUUGGAGUGUUACUAAGAUUCCUCAAGUUCAAUGCAUGGGGGAGUUCUAAGAGCCGAUUUUUCCGAGACAGUGCACUGUGUCGUUGGCAUCUCUCCUAACACCAGGAGAGUUUUCCACUUCAGGUUUCCGUUAAGCUGGUUCCUUACGUCAUGGUAAGAUUGUGCGAGAGUUACUUGGCAUAAUGUCCCUUUCCGUGUAGGGCCGCUGAAACAUAAGAGAUGCGAAGGCUGAGGUAUAAUAAGCAAUUCGAUCUUACCGCGAGUUGUCGAAUACUAAAGAGAAAGAAUUGCAGUUGGCGUUUCAAUUUUUGCCAGUAGAUGUAGGAGAUGAACUCUUCACAUGGAACUGAGAAAGAAACCCGUAUCAGAAC